AGACAAUCCGUACCCCUCCAGGGCUCCUUUGCAUUUUUCAUGAUCAAAAUGGAAUUCGUCUAUCUGCCUAUCCAAAUCAAGUCCCAAUUGAAGUGCACAGUUAUCCAAUAUCAGUCUAUCCCAUAUUUCUCUCCCUCAGCAUACACAAUUUAAACCUGGGUACUCCGUACGACCGUUAUUACUGUGGGGAAUACACUGGAGUCGUACGGCAUCGGGCCUUUCUUCUGGGGAUUCUCUCCACUAUGAUUUGCCCGCCGAUUUAUUUCUUGAUGCCGUCGUGUGCCCUGCUAGACCGCUAGGCGCAUCCUGUCUCUCUCUCUCUCUCUCUCUCUCUCUCUUUCUUUUUUUUUCUUUUUAACCCCUUCUUAUUUUGUUUUUUCUUCCUUUCCCUCAUUCACUUCUUUCCCCUCCUAUGCGCUCUGUUGGAUAUUUAUUUGGACCAUCAGCUAUUCAUGAUGUCCAAAUCAACCUCUGACCUUAAUCCUAUCUCAGGACAGUCUCCCGAAUUCGCAGCCAAAGAAGCACCCCUCCAAACAGCAAACCCUGUCAAUCUAUCCGAAAAAGAUGCCGUGGUCGACAAUCGCGAGAGCUCUAUCGACGGGGGAUUGAUGAAGCCUGUCUAUGAUCAUACGCGCCGGAAACUCAAGCCCAGACAUAUUCAACUGAUUGGCAUCGGGGGAACAAUUGGUACUGCGCUUUAUGUCCAGAUCGGUGAGGGACUGCGUGAUGGCGGCCCUGGCAGUUUGUUCCUUGCGUUUACAAUAUGGUCUGGCUGAAAUGGUCACAUAUCUGCCGAUAUCCUCGCCCUUUAUACGCUUUGCUAGCCGUUUUGUCGAUGAUGCCUU